UUUGCUCAUUUUUUUUCCACAGCAGGUGAACGAAAGGAGUGUUCAUCAUUGCAAAGCUGACAGCAGAAGUAGACGCCAUGAUUCGGGUUUCUGUCAUAGUCAGCGUUUUGCUGAUGCUAAGCAUCAAUGCAAAGCCCUUGAAUAAGCCUUCAGAUGAACACUUGGAGCAAAGGGUUGUGCUCAUUGAUGAUAAAGGGAAGCUGUCCUGGGGAACAGAGGUGGAGCCUCCAGAGGACAUGGACAGGAUUGAGUAUGAGCUCGACCCUCGUAUGAGGAUCUGGAACAGCAUGAAGGCCAACGGACAGGAGAAACACUACCUGAAGCCUGAGGAAGAUCUGGAUAAGAUUUACCAUCCUUCAACAGUCGAGCUCCAAGCUCAGAUCAGAGAGUUUGGAUACGAAGCUGAAAAGAAGGAAGACGGCCAGCAUUCGCCUGCACAGAUGGAGCAGGUAGUUUAUCUGCAGCCUGAGGAAGACAUGGAUGACGUUUACCACAAAGAGCUCUUCUUACCCGCCCUUCAACGAGACGUCCCUGAAGCUGCUGCUCCUGUUGACAUUCCCUCUCAAAGAAAGUACACUGAGCCAGAGGAAGAUCUCGAUUAUCUUUACCAUAAAAGGUUUGACAUGCCAGUCCUUCAACAAAAGGUAGCUGAGACUCCUGUCCACAUUCCCUCUCAGAGGAAGUACACCAAGCCAGAGGAAGAUCUGGAUGGACUGUACCACCACUGAUCCAGGCUUAGCACUUAUUUAAAACAUGUCAGAUGCGACACACAGACACAUCUGUGUAAUUUGAUUCUAUUAAACUGCUUUAGAGUAACAUACAUGAAUCAAUCACUAUCUAUUUUACAUUUCAUGUUGUAUGCAUUCAUGAGAGACUUCAGGUUUGAUUUGAUGAAGACAAGGAGAGAAGGCGUAGAGGGGAGAUAAGUUCAUAUCUCCUGCAUAUGAGUGCAAUUAAAAUAUAUUUUUCAUAUUAAUUGCAGAACAAUAAAGUGUGAUGUUUUCAGAGCUUUGAAUAAAAACUCAGCCUAAAAUAA